AUGCGGUCUCUUGAAGCCUCCCCUUCGGAGGCAACAGCUAACGGCCCCUGCAGACGGCUCAGUCUGCCUAUCCCCAAAAGAAUAAGUCCUCCAACCCGCGGUGAUUUUCACAGGGAAAACCUUUGCAUGCAUUCGGCUCACAAGUACUCCUGUGGUGUCUCGCCCUCGCACUUCUCGGAUGCCUCAACAGUAGACGACGCAGAGGAGGGGCCUCCGGGGGUACCUCUAGCGCAGCAGCCGUACAGUGUCUCCGAUAUAAUGAGUCUAUUUCCUUUGGAUCGCCUGAUUGGCACAGGCUCCCAGAGUUUUGUCUAUGCGUGCCACUCUCUACAAGAUUUCGAGGGAAUUGGAGGGGAGGCCUCCCCCCUCGACGUGCCUUUGUGCAUCAAGCACAUUGUAGCCGAUGCAUCGAGGGAAGCCCUCACUGCUGCCUGCCGCCUCAUCCAUCCCCACGUCGCGCGUCACUUUGCUGUGCUCGACGACUGGAGAGGCCUCUGGAUCCUGAUGGAGUACGUGAAGGGCCCCGAUCUUGCGGUGUACGUACACCGCAGGGGGCGCCUUGGCGUCUCGACUGCUAAACACAUUUUCAGGCAACUCAUUUCUGCUCUUGACUGCGUGCAUUCCAGUGGACUUGUUCAUCAAGAUGUCAAGCUCGAAAACAUUGUCGUCAGGCACAGCAGCGGGCUCGAGCAUGAGCAACAACCCCACCACCUGCGCCAAGAAAAACACACACAAGAGAUCAGGGAACCUUGUCAACGCGGGGCCCUCAGCGAUUCGGAGGAGCUCCCAGAGAAUAAGAGCCCUCCAGCCUCUCCUCCAUAUCUUGAGGAAGAAAAAGUAAAAGACUGUGUGCCUCUUGAAAUCCUCUUGGUGGACUUUGGUUCAGCAGAGUUGUGGCGUCUGCUUGUUGCAGCUGCUGCCUCGUCGCCAUCGCCGAGCUGUCUGGUGCGAGCUCGGGGUGGGGGAGUGCAGGCCCCCGAGACAUUCACCGACGCCCCUGCAUGCUGCAAGAGCGACAUAUGGUCGGCAGGGAUUUUGCUCUGCCUUCUGCUGGUGGGCAAGUCGCCCUUUGAAGGUUCUAGCGUCCUCUCGACGCUGGCAGCGGCAGCAGACUGCGUGGGUGACGUCUUCGCGCGCGAUCUCCCUGGCCGCAAGAGGAGACCACAGGAUGAGGCAAAAAGUAUGCCAGGUCAGGCUGCCGCAGGCAGCCUCUCGAGUUGUGUCGCUUCCGAAGGGGGAAAAGGGGGGCCCCAUAGGGGCCCCUCUCGGCUCCCCCCCGGAACCGCAGGAUCUGACGCCGUCCUUCAGCGCUUAAAGCGAGUCUUUAGCGAUCCCGAGUGGAUGGGCGUGCCUUCUGAGGCGAAAGCGCUGAUUGCUCGAAUGUUGGCGGUGGACGCCAGAGUGCGACCCUCUGCUGCAGAGGUUCUGCAGAGUGCUUGGUUGGCGUCUCCGUGA